AUGCGUAAGCGUAUUAACAUUGAGAAUGCUAUUGAGUUUCUGCGAGGUAGAGUGUACCUUGGUUCGUACGACCACACUCCCCAAGACACGGAUGAGAUAGUAUUUUUCACUGUUGAAGAUAUUUUGUUCUACAACCGAUUUCAUUUAGAUUUCGGACCACUGCACAUUGGCCAUUUGUAUCGCUUUGCUGUGAUAUUUCACGAAAUUUUGAAUGAUCCUGAUAACUCCGGCAAAGCUGUGGUGUUUUACUCAUCUACAUCAACUCGUCAAAGAGCAAAUGCAGCGUGUAUGCUAUGCUGCUACAUGCUUUUGGUUCAGGGCUGGACGCCGCAUCAGGUGCUACAACCACUAGCGCAGGUGGAUCCUCCAUUCAUGCCUUUCAGAGAUGCAGGUUAUUCAAAUGCGGAUUUUGAGAUUACCAUACAAGACGUAGUUUUCGGCAUUUGGAGGGCAAAGGAAAAGGGAUUGGUGAAUCUCAACGCGUUUGAUCUAGAGUCAUACGAAAAAUACGAGAGAGUUGAAAAUGGGGACUUGAACGUGCUAACGCCAGAUUUUAUCGCGUUCGCGUCACCUGAGGAGGACGUUCAACACAGGACUUCCAACUCCAAAUCACACCUGAACAACUCUUUCCGUUCAGUUCUCAAGUUUUUUUCAGAGAAUAACGUCCAACUGGUUGUCAGACUCAAUUCGCACCUGUACAACAAAAAGCACUUUGAAGAUAUUGGUAUUGAGCACGUAGAUCUCAUUUUCGAGGAUGGGUCGUGUCCCGAUAUGUCAAUAGUACACAACUUCGUCGGUGCAGCGGAGACGAUCAUAAAACAGGGUGGGAAAAUAGCCGUCCACUGCAAGGCAGGGCUUGGGAGGACUGGCUGUCUAAUCGGCGCGCAUCUCAUCUAUACUCAUGGCUUGACAGCAAAUGAAUGCAUAGGCUUCUUAAGGUUCGUUAGACCAGGAAUGGUGGUAGGGCCUCAACAGCAUUGGCUGUAUUUGAAUCAGCAUACUUUUAGAGAAUGGAGAUACACUAUGAAGCUAGGGCUGGAACCAAGUGAUGUCAUUGGGGAUCUCUAUCCCUUGGUUACUGUUGAAGAAUAUCGACGUCAGAAAAAGGCUAGAAAACCCGGCAAGAAAAACUUAGAAUACAACGUCAGUGAUUAUACUGUUGAAGAUCAUACAGUGACUCCGCCUGGAUCAGCACAAAAAGUCUUAGUCCAGACGACCACUGCAGUGCCUCAGAACUCGCCGGGUCAGCCAAGAAAGGGCCACAAUGGGAGCAACAGAGUAGAAAGUGUCAAGCAUUUGAAGGAACUGGUAGGAAACAAUAGUGACGACGAGUCCAUGCAAGUUGACAGUAGCCACGGGAGCGCAAACAAGCGGGGUGGACCAACCUCUCCAGAAGAUGACGUCGCCUUGCGGCAGUUGUUGCCUAAAAACAGGCGUGCCGUGUCUAGCGGUAACGGCAGAAGAUCCGCAAGUGGGGCAGGCGUAAGAAAAGUCUCAGGUACCGUUAAAAGAUAA